GUCUGUGGGCCGGUGGAGGGAUGAAACAAGUGAAGGGGAUGUAGCAGACAGGCUCACAUUAUUAACUCCACCUCACGCUCUCCACCUCGUCGGCUCUACUCCUCUCACUCCGCUGUAGCAUCCUCCUUUUAGCAGAAAAGGACGAGCGAUCCUUAGCGGCGCUGCACCCGAGCUUCAUGGCCGCGACCCUGGCGAUGAGCGGCGGCGGGCAGGAGGACCCCUUCUACCCGCUGCAGAAGGCGGCUCUGCCCGCAGGAUUCCCCCUGGAGGACUCGCUGAUGUUCGGCUUGGACUGCAAGAUCACAGAAACAGACAAGACUGGACACAAUGACUACGCACAGGCAAAGUUUGAGAUGGACAGGUACCUCUCCCCUCAGUCUCUACCACUUCAACCUCACUCAGAAAGCCAGCAGAAGAAUCAGAGAGACUGUGUGUCCGCGCUGGAUCAGUUCUUCACUGACAACCAUACAGGGGCUCCCUACACCCUCAACAUGAAUCUUUACCUCCCCGACGCCGCCUACCUGAGGAUGGGCUUGUGUCAGCAGGUGCGGCCGCCUCAGCAGCAGAACCACACAGGUCUCUCCCAAAUAAAAACAGAAAAUGCCUCCCCGUGUUUCUCCCCCAACAUCCAGCUGCACUGCCCCAACACAACGCCCACCAGUAGCUGCAGCAUUGCCAUGGAAACCUCAGCCAUAAACAUGACGCUAACAGGGUUACCGAACUUCACCAGUGUUUUUAACCAUGCGGGAGGCGGCCGCGGUGACGAGUCAGUGCCAGAAGUGUUCAUCAAACAGGAAAUGUCACCGCAGUUUGAACAGCACGCUCUCCACCACCAUGACAACAGCGGCUCACUGUUUCAGCUACUGAACUCCGGCUUGGACCAUCACCAUGGCAAUGGUAUGGAGGCUCAGCAUCAUCAUCACCACCAUCAUCAUCAGCAGAUACAGCACACUUCCACAAUCCACACACCUUUCCAUGACAUGCCGGUAGCUUCUUCUGCGUCUCAACAAGAGCAGACAGCCAAGCCUGGCAGGUACUGCGGCCUGGGUGGCCGGGGGUACACACACCCCCACGCUGAGGCCCACCCCCACUUCCUCCAGCACCAGACGCCCUACCUGCCGCCCUCUCCCCCGAGCUCGGAGCCCGGCAGCCCUGACAGGCAGAAGGAGCUGCUCCACACCAUGUCCCCUCCUCCCUCAUAUGCAGCCACCAUCGCCUCCAAGUUGGCAGGCAGCACCCCUGGGAUCGGCCCCGGACCAGGACCAGGCAGCUUAGCCCUCCCCCUCACCACAGCUCCCACUCCGUCCCCAGGCCAAGCUUCAGGCGUUCCCCAAGCACCUGCAACAACCCCAACUCCAGCCCAGAACACCAUGUCUGCCCGCUACAACCGGAGGAACAACCCCGAUUUGGAGAAACGACGGAUCCAUCACUGUGAUUACCCAGGCUGCAAGAAGGUCUACACCAAGUCGUCCCAUCUGAAAGCCCACCUCAGGACCCACACGGGUGAGAAGCCGUACCGGUGCACGUGGGACAGCUGCGACUGGAGAUUCGCCCGAUCCGACGAGCUGACGCGCCAUUUCCGGAAGCACACGGGCGCCAAACCCUUCCAGUGCGCCAUCUGCUCACGCUCCUUCUCCCGAUCCGACCACCUCGCUCUGCACAUGAAAAGACACCAGAACUAGCAGCGUUUGCACACACACACACACACUACAAACACACAAGCACUAUGUUGACACACACAAAGCACUCACUUCAUCUUCCACAACGUUACAAGCUGCCUGAUGACACCACAGCUGCUCCUGGUGCUGCUAUCCUGUGCUGAAACCGUACGAUAGCCUAACAAACAUGUUGCUUUUUAAACGCGAGUGGGACGAAUCGGAGGUUGUAAGGUAGAACAAUAAUUGCCAGAUGUAGUUCCUGGUCCCUUAACCUCCAGAUAUACUUAGUAUAGAUUUCUUUGGACAAACACAGAGAAGAAAAAUUAUAACAAAAAGAAAAUGGUAGCUCCAAAAUGUGUCUCCAGUCCAAUUGGAGUCUUUCGUGUGACUGGAAUGAAAGCACUUACCGCUCAACAUUUGUACAUCUUUUAUCCUUACAUAAACAGGAGAAGCUUUUUUUUUUGUUGCAAAACUAGUCAAACCACAUUUUUUUUGCUCCAUGGUUUGUUAGUUUGCUCAUAUAACUGGAACAUCCAGGUUUUAGUUUUUACCAAAUCCUUCGGUUUGCACUAGAAAUCUUAAAUCUGAGCCUUUUUUGGCUCAUGCAUCUCAUUCACCACUGGAAAGAUCCUUAUCACUACUGGACUGAAUAUUUGUGAACGCCACAGAAACCUUUGCUGUUCAGAUAUUAAAAAUUGAAGGCAUUUAUACUCUGGAGAGGGAAGAUAGUGCAGGAAAAAACAAGGGAGGGGUGGAGAUGAAGAGAUAGAAAGAUUUUAGUUUUUAUAGAGAGGAGAUGUGAGGACAGCGGAGAAACAGAGGAAGGUGGAUGGAUGGUAAAGAGCAGCAAUUAGGUGAUACAUUAUUCAUGAUGUCUUCUGAUGGAUUUCCAACCAGAGAAAUGUAAGCAGAACCCGUAGACAUAUCUGAGAAUUAAUUCAGUUAAAACUGAAUUUGACUUUAUUUUGAUGCACAAGCUUGAAUUAAGCGUCUUCAAAAUACAAUUACCCGUACAUUUAUCUCAUCCAGCCUUUUUACGUUCAACGUUUUAACCAAAGUAUGAUCUUCAUCCUCAACACCUUAUAAAGUGCCUCCUUCUCUGAUUUGUAUGUGUUUUUGUUAAGUGGUAGCAGAGCUGUGAUCAAUGUAGAAAGUCCUUUUAAACACACUUGGUGCUGUUUUUAUUUCUUAAUCUAUUGAAAGCUCUAAAAAAAGUGAAUUAUUUUUAAAUGACAGGUUUACCCAUCAUUCGUUGUGAUUUAACAGAUUGGCUCAGGCCACUUUACGGACAUCCUGAUGUUGAUUUUUUUUUAAUGAAUUGACAGUCUGACUCUGUACACAAUUAAUUGCAUUGAGGUUCUAUCAGUCAAUCAAACACGGACAUAUGUUUUGUUAAAGGAGAAGUUCACAAUAUUUAAAGUCUUUCUUGAAACAACAAUGUCCGUAUAUUGCAAGAGUUGUUGCUGCAAGUGUUCCUGCAGCUAGCCCCAAUCAAAACAUGUUCAAUGUCAAUGAUGGGGAAACAAAUAACAGUAUAUGUGAAACAACAUGAUUAUAUUAGGCUUCUAAUUUCAAAAUAAUCAGGGCAAAAUAAUCAAAAACACUAACUUUGUAAGAUACCCAGCUGAUUUUGAUUUAUUUUUUUAACUCAAAGAGACUUUGGUUAAACUUAAGAAGAUAUUAAUUUUUUCACCAAAAAAGGAUUUUGUUCCCCAUCGCUUUCAUUGAAAUUGCUUUAGGGAAAUGUCAAGUCACAGUGACUAUAAUGGACUAUUUUAAUUGACAUAUGGACAUGAGAGUAUUUUUAAAGACAGAACAAAUGUGAACCUUUCAACAUACGCUUGUCCGCUUUGAUUGUAUGAUUCAGCCUGCACCUAUAACUGUAUUUGUUCAUUCACUGCAGGUAGCAUAAAUAUGAUAUAGCACUGUAAUGUAUCAUGGUAAAUCUGACUAUUUAUUUGUGUAGAAGUGGGGGUUGUAUCAGAUCAACCGUCUUUCUCCCCAGGAAAAAUGCCUUAAUGUAAAUAUAUGCACUGUAAAUAAGUAUUGAUCUUUUUUUUUUUUUUUAAGUUUCCCUUUUUUGUCAUUGUUUUGUAAACAAAAGGGCAAAAAGAGGAAAAUGCCCUGCAUCCAAAAAUAUUUGAGCCUGUUUUUUAUUUUUUUUAUUUUGAUGCCAUUGUUUUAUAUAUUGUCCUUCCAGCAACUUAUUUUGUAGAUUUGUUUUCUUCCUAGGUAAACGUUCCAAAGACAAAAGUUGUUUUUUCUUCAACUGAGUGAAACCGAUCCUAAUAAAGUCAACUGACACUUUUACAGA